AUGAAGACGAUGUUUUGGACGGCUUUGAAAAGGCCUAGAAGAAUCGUAUGCAUUCCGGGAAAAAUGGUACAUUUUGAGUGCAUUUUGGAAGUCAUCGAUAAGUUCUUUACGUACCGCCUUAAAUUAGGGUUAAUAUUUGGGGUAGGAGUUGGAGAUGCCUUCAAGGUGCCCUUCAGAGUCAAGGAUGUUCUUCCGGUGCUUCCACGUCAAAUUUCAUGGCCGGUCAUGAACAAUCUCCACAGUGCCGUGGAUUUGUUGCCGUCCUAUAUUGGGUCCCUCACUCCCCACAACGGCUCAAUUGACUGGAAAGGGGCUUGCUUCUUGGAUAAUUCGGGUCGGGUUGAGCUAACUGCUGCUGGGGAUCGCGGUAUCGGUGGAGCCGUUAUUUAUCUCUCGACUAGUGCAGCUCACAGCUGGACAUGUAUGGACCUCUAUGUGUUUGCCACACCUUACCGGGUUACAUGGGAUUACUACUUUUCAGCACGGGACCAUACCUUGAGGAUAGAAUCAUGGGAGGAGCCUGCUGAAGAAGAAUAUGUAAGGCAGCAUGGGAUUUCUGUGUUUCUCAUGCCUUCAGGAAUGCUUGGAACAUUGCUCUCAAUGGUUGAUGUGUUGCCUCUUUUCUCUAACACGGCAUGGGGUCAGAAAGCGAACCUAGAAUUUCUUAAGAAACACAUGGGUGCAACAUUUGAGACACGUCCGCAGCCGUGGAUUACAACAAUAAAUCCAGUUGAUGUUCAUUCCGGUGACUUUUUAGCUUUGUCAAAGAUUCGUGGUCGAUGGGGCGGAUUUGAAACACUUGAGAAGUGGGUCACAGGUGCUUUUGCUGGCCAUACAGCUGUUUGUUUAAAAGAUGAACUGGGUGAUCUUUGGGUUGCAGAGUCAGGAUAUGAGAAUGAAAAGGGUGAAGAAAUUAUUGCUGUUGUCCCAUGGGAUGAAUGGUGGGAAUCGGCUCUUAAGGAUGAGUCUAAUCCUCAAAUAGCAUUGCUACCCUUGCAUCCAGAUAUUCGUGCCAGAUUCAAUUCUUCUGCUGCAUGGGAUUAUGUACAAAGAAUGUCUGGGAAGCCAUAUGGGUAUCACAACAUGAUUUUUAGUUGGAUUGAUACUGUGACUGACAACUUCCCUCCACCACUUGAUGCUCACUUGGUUAUUUCUCUAAUGUCUAUGUGGACUAGAGUGCAGCCAUCUUAUGCAGCAAACAUGUGGAAUGAAGCACUGAAUAAGCGUCUUGAAACAGAGGGUCUAGACUUGUAUGAGAUUCUAACUGAGACUGAAAAGCGUGGAUUAACCUUCGACCAGCUGCUUACCAUUCCAGAGCAAGAUGAAUGGAUUUACAGUGAUGGGAAAUCUACAACUUGCGUUGCUUUUAUUUUGGCCAUGUAUAAGGAAGCUGGAGUCUUCGGUCAUGUGGCCGAGUCUAUUCAAGUGACAGAAUUCACGAUUCGAGAUGCCUACAUGCUCAAAAUUUUUGAAAAUAAUAAGACCCGUCUUCCAAAUUGGUGCAACAAUGAGGAUGAAAAUCUCCCUUUCUGCCAGAUUCUUGGCGAGUACCGAAUGGAGUUGCCUCACUACAACACUUUAGAGCCAUAUGCUCACAUGAAUGAGAAUUGUCCUUCCUUGCCUCCAACUUAUGAGAGGCCAAACGGUUGUUAG